CUGGUUCCACUUGGCCUGUUGGUUCCUCUUGGCCUGUUGGUUCCUCUUGGCCUAUUGGUUCCUCUGGCCCUGUUGGUUUCUCUGGCCCGGUUGGAUUAUCUGGCCCGGCUGGUUCCUCUGACCCGGUUGGUUCCACUUGGCCUGUUGGUUCCUCUUGGCCUGUUGGUUCCUCUGACCCGGUUGGAUCCUCUGGCCCGGCUGGUUCCUCUUGGCCUUUUGGUUCCUCUUGGCCUGUUGGUUCCUCUGCCCCGGCUGGUUCCUCUGGCCCUGUUGGUUCCUCUGAACCGGUUGGUUCCUCUGGCCCUGCUGGUUCCUCUGGCCCUGUUGGUUCCUCUGACCCGGUUGGAUCUGUGGCCUGGUCCUGGAGCGAGCAGUAGCACAAGGAACCAGCAGGCCAAGAGGAACCAACAGGCCAAGAGGAACCAACAGGCCAAAAGGAACCAGCCGGGCCAGAGGAUCAAACCGGGUCAGAGGAACCAACCGGGUCAGAGGAACCAACAGGCCAAAAGGAACCAACAGGCCAAAAGGAACCAACAGGCCAAAAGGAACCAGCCGGGCCAGAGGAUCAAACCGGGCCAAGAGGAGCCAACAGGCCAAGAGGAACCAACAGGCCAAGAGGAACCAACAGGCCAAGAGGAACCAACAGGGCCAGAGGAACCAACAGGGCCAGAAGAACCAGCAGGGCCAGAAGAACCAACCGGGUCAGAGGAACCAACAGGCCAAGAGGAUAAAGCCGGGUCAGAGGAACCAACAGGCCAAGAGGAGCCAACAGGCCACGAGGAACCAACAGGCCAAGAGGAACCAACCGGGUCAGAGGAUCCAACAGGCCAAGAGGAACCAACAGGGCCAGAGGAACCAACAGGCCAAGUGGAACCAACAGGCCAAGUGGAACCAACAGGGCCAGAAGAACCAACCGGGUCAGAGGAACCAGCCGGGCCAGAGGAACCAGCCGGGCCAGAGGAUCCAACCGGGUCAGAAGAACCAACAGGGCCAGAGGAACCAGCAGGGCCAGAGGAUCUAACCGGUUCAGAGGAACCAACAGGGCCAGAAGAACCAACCGGGUCAGAGGAACCAGCAGGGCCAGAGGAACCAACAGGCCAAGAGGAACCAACAGGCCAAGAGGAACCAACCGGUUCAGAGGAACCUGUA